UCAACUCCCAGCCCCCCAACCCCCAGUCCCUCAGCCCCCAGCUCAGUCCUCGGCUCAGCUCACGGUCGGUCUCGCCUCCGGAUUCGCUCCUUGCAAACUUCCCCAUCUUGUUUUUAUAUGGACUUGAGAUGGCCUCAGACCUGAGCCUGAAUACUGAGCUGCCCACCAGCCCUUUAGCCAUCGAGUACGUGAACGACUUCGACCUGAUGAAAUUCGAGGUGAAGAAGGAGCCGCCGGAGGCUGAUCGCUACUGCAAUAGGAUCUCCGGCUCUCUGUCCUCCACCCCCAUCAGCACCCCCUGCAGCUCGGUGCCCUCCUCCCCCAGCCUGUGUGCCCCGAGCCUUGCCAACAAGACACAUCACCUGGAGGACCUGUACUGGAUCAGCAACUACCAGCACCACAUCAGCCCAGAGGCUCUCAACCUGACCCCGGAGGAUGCCGUGGAAGCCCUGAUCGGGAGCUCCCAAGCCCACCACCACCAUCACCACUUCGAGAGCUACAGGACCCAGCAGUACGCGGGGGAGGAGAUGCCUGCAGGAGGGCACCAUCAGCACCAGGCGCCUCUCCACCACCACCAUCAUCACCUGCGGCUGGAGGAGCGCUUCUCUGACGAGCAGCUGGUCAGCAUGUCGGUGAGGGAGCUCAACAGGCAGCUGCGGGGCUUCACCAAGGAAGAGGUGCUGCGUCUGAAGCAGAAGCGAAGGACCUUGAAGAACAGGGGUUAUGCCCAGUCCUGCAGGUACAAGCGAGUGCAGCAGAGACACAUGCUGGAGAGCGAGAAGUCGCUCCUUCAGCAGCAGGUGGAGCAGCUGAAGCAGGAGGUGGCGAGGCUGGGCAAGGAGAGGGAUGCGUACAAGGACAAGUACGAGAAGCUGGCCAGGAGCUACAGGGAAGUGGGCUCCUCAGCCCCCAACCCCACCAAGAGCUCGGCUUCCAAUCAGUUCUUCAUGUGAAACCCGAACCAGGCAACGAAAGGAACAGCGGACAGUUUUUUGAUGUGACUUUCACUUAGUGUACAGAACUUUUUGGGGGCGGGAGGGUUGAUGUAAAUAAUUUUAAAGAGGACGUGUAGGACUAAGGAUCUCUGAAUGUUUUUUUUGUUUGUUUGGAGAAGGGAUUCUGUCAAAAGUAAUA